AUGGCUACCUCCACUGAACAAUACCGCCAAUAUCCUCCGCCGCCGUCGAAUUAUCCGGCGCAGGGUUAUCAACAGCAGCAAUAUCAAGAGACUGCCUCUGUCUCGCCGCGCAAAGGUUCGCAGAAUCCGCCAGCCCACAACCGAACCUUCAGCUUUCAUUCUCAAAAGUCGCAUAAGAGCUCUGGUAGCAAGGACUUGCAAGAGACCCACGCCGAGAAGGAAGCGAAGCGUUUACAUAGCAAAGCGGAUCCCACGUUAGCCAUAAGCGAAGCAGAGCCAUCUGCCAUCGCUGCCAUGAUGACCGAGUCGAGUUUUGCCCCUUUGCGGUCCAUGCAACACAAGGAUGCCUUCGGAAACUCUAUCGCGGAUCCCGACAAGUCGAACCCGACUCGAAACAGGUGGGAGCGCCCAUUAGACACGAUCCGUAGUUUCGAGGCCGCAAUCGAUGGUGGUUACUCACGCAAGUCUCUCUACCGAGCGGAAACGGACUCACAAGCCAACUGGAACAGGCGGAAUAGUUCCUAUAAUAGUCAGCCUCGCUUCCCUCGCGACAACUACUACAACAAUCGCCCCGUUUCCUUUAGACCUGAGAAUCAAUUUGAAAAUGGGUCUACCCGAAGCAACUACUUCGAUGGGCAAGCUUACAGCAAUGGCUUUGGCACUGGUCCAUCUCGGCAACGUAUGUCUAGAAUGCAGUCUGAGCCACAGUACCAGAGCGGCCACGAUCAGAAUAUCUAUCCUCUUCCCCACAAGGAUCGAUCAUACGAGACGGUGACUUCUGCUGCGGGUAGUGGCAAUUCGGAUCACGCAGGCUAUCAGACAGACCCUACGAGCAGCGACAACAGCUCAAUCGAUCGGACGAUGCCGGCUAAGCGCCGCGAGCCAUUGAAUGAGUAUGCGUCCGGCUCAUAUCAGCCUCAGCAGCCAUACCAGUCACGCCCUUGGCCAGCAUCUGGUUCUGGUGUGAACAAUGAGGGACAACCGCAACCACCACCACCUUCGCAUUCGCAUUUGCAACCUCCUACGACACAGGCUCAGGCCUCGGUUCCACCGCAGAAACAGAAGAAUACCCUUUUAAGGAGGACAUCAACUCACCAGUCAACAUACCAACCUCAGCAAGCAGCUGGCGGGGACAAGCGCAAGAGUUGGUUUUCUCGUAGGUUCAGCAAAAACUCUUGA